AGUGCACCGUGGAUUCAUGCUCUGUUGUCGCUCGGUAACAGGGGUGUUACUCGUUUCCCGAGUCGACCGCAGCAAACAAGGAGGGCAAGACCAAGCGCUGUCCCAGGCUGCUACAGCCGGACAGCAUGCCUAGAAUACUCAACCUGUACUAGCCUGAGUUGUACGGAAUGCACGCAAACGCGGAUGUACCAACGGUGAUUACGUCACCACUUAUACCACAGCACGCUACAGCAUCGAAUGAGAAAACCUGAAACCACGGAGCUACAAGGAAACGCAGUUACAAAUCAGAUGCGAACGUAGAACCACCCGCGUUCUUUAAUCGGACUUUGGACUACUAAAGGCUGUUUCACAUGCUGCGAUAGGAGCGACAAAAAUCGGUGCAGUCGCAGGCAUCGCAAUGCGAUUUUUGACGUAUAUAUAGUAGCAACAGGUCCGAAAACGAAAUAAGUUUCUUUGAUCAUUAUCAUCAUCAUCAAAGCUCGCACAUAUGCUUGCAGGAUCUAAAAAAAAAAAUGACAUGGCGGCCUCCUGUUAUCUAUUUGGGCUGCAGUAUCAGUUAUCACGUUUGUUUUGCGUGGUUUUUAUAACAUGAGGUAACGGCAAACGAGGUCGUUCUCCUUACGCUUAAAGACUUGUCCUAGUCGUCCCUCAGAGCCCGAUUGCACUAUGGGCCACCGUUGGAGUUCGAGUCGCAAGAAACCUGUGAUCUACGCCAGGGACCAGAAAGAGUUCUGGUCGAUCCGUUGGAAAACCGGAGACACUCCGUGGCAGACGCAAGGCAUACAUCGGCUUCUGGACCAACACCAAGAGCUGGUCCUGGCUGGAAAGCAAAAUGCCCGCGUGUUCAUUCCACUGUGUGGAAAGGCCCCUGAACUGUUAUGGUUCUAUGGUCGUGCUCACAAUGUUAUCGGCGUGGAGUACAUAGAGCGGUCAGCCAGCGAAUUCUUCACGGACAACGGCCUUCCCUGCGAGGAAACGACCUGCCAUGUGCUGAAGUGUAAAGUCUUCCGUACUCUUGACCACCGUUUGCAGAUAUUUGUCUGCAGCAUAUUCGAAUUCAACAGAGACUGCGCUGGAACAAUGGACAUUGUUUGGGACAGGGGUGCCCUCGUAGCUGUCAACGAUGACGAGCGUCCAAGGUAUGCAAAUGUCAUCAAGUCUCUUCUGUCACCUGGCUUUUCCUACGGACUUUGCACAGUCGUGUAUGAUGACCCAUCAUUCAAAGGUUUCCCUCGGAGUGUACCAGAUGAUGAGGUCGUCAAGCUGUUUGGUGACUUUAUGACGCUGACAAAGGUGAUGCAGUCAGAGGAGGAGAAGCGUUUUCACAUCUCUUCCAGCAUCGUCGAGACCCUUUGGCAUGGGACAGGUUGAGCAAUGUUGUGUGCCAUUAUAAUCCCUCUUACUGGAGUGCCAAAGUGUAAAGCAGCAACUACAUUCAUUGCUGCAACUUGUUUAGGGGACCCUAAAGACGAAAAUAACUACAGCUGUGUUGUGAACUACACUUCUACGAUACCAAAGAAGCCACUCUCGCCAUGGGAUGAAGAUUGACAAGCCAGAUAAGAGGCAAGAACGAAAGAUGGGUGGCGUUGCCGUGAUGUCGUGGAUAUUGACAAAGUCCUAGUUUUUUCUAGGUACAGAUGGACUACAUUGUAUUCUAAUGGAACCGAAGACUUAUAUUGGGAAGUUUUGAGAACAUGUGAUGUCACACUGAUGUUCUGGUGCUGGAACUCGGGCGCGAAAUUUAAAAAGAAGUAAUUUGGCCGUCAUUUCCUCUUCUGAUAAUGAACUUCUUAUUGUGAAAGUAACCAAAUUAGUGUUUGAAAGACUCAUGUAGUGAUUCUCCUUAGUGUUUCAAUGGAAAAAUCAGUCAGGCAAUAGUGUAGUUAUUGUGUGAAACAGGAAAAGUUGGUUACUUUAGUGUAGAUUAUAUUAACAGUGUUAAAAGUACAUGACGUAAAAUGUAGGGUACACAUGGUGGGCAUUGUAGCCAAACUAAUUUUUACUGAACAGGAAUUUUAGGUGUAGCAGGGUUCUGAAUGGUGGCAAAAAAGCGGCAAAGAAAGCAAAGAAAAAAACAUGACAGAAACAUAUCUGCCGUGUUUAGUGAAAGCUAAUUUGGGAUAUUUUUUUUAAGGUGGAAGCGCUUCUCUCAGUGAGAAAAGUGAAAGUAAUAGUAAUGAAGUUACUCAAAAAUGACUAAAUUUCACGUUUAUUUACAAAUUGUCGGAGCAAUAGAAGGCUAUUGUUAAAGGCCAACUGCUACGAACUUUCACUUUGGUUAAAUCGCUUACAGAUCAGUAAUCUAUACUAUUGAAGCAAUCUUGACAAAGAUUCAGGGCCACAAAUUGCAUAGUUUAAUAUUAGCAGCCUGUAAGACGUUUCGUGCUCCUGGUCGUUAGUGGAUGUGACCUAAGUGCCAGCACGCCACUUCUGAGAUGUUUUAGUGCGCUGCUAAGAGCUGCAAGCACUGCCUAAUUUCGGAUGUCAUGCUGAGGAGCCACACAAUCUCAGUAACAUAUUACUUCCGGUAAGUGGUAGCAGUGAAAUUUCCUGCAGUUUUGGUGUCAGAAACAUCUAUUUUUGGCAAGCUUUUCAUAAGGCAUCCACUUGUAUUUCAAAUGUAAACUUCACAUGAAGACUGCUUGGUGUCUACACUAUCUGAAAGGAGGUACUUCAUACUGUCUCAGAUUUCGUUGCAGUUGGCCUUUAAUUGUUGCACAACUCGCCUCUGAAAAAGGCUAUGUAGCAGCUGAUCCUGCCUGCUCUCCUUGCAGUAAUGCCGGGAUGUCUGCGAUAAGCAUGCAAUGCGUAUCGCAAUGGGUUGGCGGUGAUAGCUGUGAUUGGUAAAGUGCAAUGACCCUUGAGGAGGUUUCCUGGUGCCAGAAUAGAAAACCGAGUGCAUGGUGGCAAUCCCAUGCGACAUGGCUGGGCAAGUAAUGCGAGAAAGCUGCCGUUGCCGCCGUCUACCACUGUCGACUGCGCUUGUGCCCUCGCUCCUUUGAUUGUUUACAUGGGAUCUAGCGACCGGAAAACGUAUCAUACGAUUGCAGUCUACCAAUAUACCAAAUGUUGCUGCUGAAAGAUAGUGUUUGCUGGGGACGUGUUAACCUGUAAAAAAGGCGUAUAACUGUAUUGGGUCAUUUUCUGUGUUCUCAGUCAUGAACGUUGUCGCCGGGAAAUCAUGCGAAAAGGGAUCAUAUCAAUGAUGUUCUACUGUACUACAUCUCCAGAACAAGAUGCAUUGGUAAUUGGUGCUGCCUAUGGUUUUCAAUACGAAGCGGGAGUGGGGCUUUGCCCCAUACUAGACAAGUUCAGGAGGGUGAGAGCAGCCCCUGCACACCCCCGUAAUUGGUGCUUAUGGUCUGACUUUGUCCUGGUGGCUCGAUAGCAACGGCGGCACUAGUCGCUUCUGGUCAGCUUCUACAUCAUUCAGUCGGUCACAUUUGUUUCCUUUUCAAUGUUAAGAGUGGAGACUGGACAAAAAGCUGAAACACCUUCAGGAGGGUCCUGCCUCCUUCUACAGUCAAAAGCAUGUGUAGCAAACGGCAUCUUUCCUGGGACAACCAAUGGGCACUCCAGAAAUAUUUACCGCUAAGAAAAAUAAAGAAAAAGAAAUAUAGUGGACUCGCUUUAAACGGAACUUCAAGGGACCAGGGAAAUUGGUUCAUUUUCUCAGGAGUUCCAUUUACUGAGAGACAAAGCUGAAUACAGUUCCAUGAAUACAAAACCAACCAACCACGAGGAUGGUGUUCCGUUUAAGCGAUUUCCGUUUAUCUAGAAUCCACUAUACACAAAAAAUUAGCAAUUACAUACUUGGUGUAGUAUAAAUCAAAGAAUAAGUUUGCAAAAACACAUGAAUACUGAAUGCAUGUUAUUCGUACUGUAAAUAAAGACUCUGAAAAAGUGUCUUUAUUCCAUGGAAGUGCAAACCUAGCAGAUGGGAGCGAAAAUUCUCAUAAUCCCACGCCAGUGGUUCUUCCUCUAUUUGUGUGUAUUGUGUCUCUGUGUCAGAGAGGCACAGGCAACUGGGAGCCGAUGUCCUGCUGUCUCUUGAAGGAGGGCUACCUCAAAACGAUACAAUGAUGGAUCUGUGGACACACUGAGAUGACUGCGAGGGUUGCAGCGGUGGGCAUGGGUGUCAGUGUCAAUGCCUUCUUGAUGGCAUGGGAUCUCGCUGUGGCUUGUCCCAGCACUGUUCGCCGUUACUGUGAAGCAAGCCACAUAACGGUUUUGUGAGCUGUGAGAGCCCAGGAAGAAAUUUCACUUGCGUCACUUCUGUGGGCUCUGCUAGCUGACACACCGCUUUGUCCUUCUUGGGGUCAGCACUGAUACUGCAGCACCCACCGACAUGGCAAUGCAGGGAUGCUAUGGCCAGAGACGCUCACAGCCGGCCCCUUGGGGCCAGCUGUAAAAGCAGAGAAAAAUUAAGUUGGCUGGCGCAUGCUCGAAGUGCAAGCUUGGCACGUGCAGUGUCGUUUUAGAAGCCUGCCACAUUGGUCGCCGCAGCUGUGGCUCCGCUCGUCGGCUUAGCCCUUCUGCCAAAAUAAAUGUAGGAAUGACGGCACAGCCCUUGGGCUGCUGUCACAUCAUCCUACAUUACAAUUCGUUGAUACAAUGGGCCAGAGGGAUUUCACUGAUUGCCCGCGUAGUGUGCACUUCACCUGCAUUUAAGGUGACUACAGCUUCUUGCAAGUGUUGAAGUACUUGGUCCACUUGUGUGUCAUGUUCAUCCAUUGUGCACCCAAACACGACCAUGUCAUCUUUCAGGCAAGCUUGGCCCUUAAGUCCUUCUAGCACUCUCUACAUUUCCCUUCGGAAACUUUGGAGAAGUUCCGGCGCUGUGAAAAUUCCGAAAAGCAAUUGGAAGAACUGAAAUUAGCCAAAUGGUGUCAGGAAGCUGGUGUACUUCUGGAGCUUGCCGAAUAGCUGGCCUUUGCGUAGAGCUUGCUAAACUGUGUAGCUCCAGCAAGUUUUGCCAGGCAAUCUUCAAUGGUGGGCAUUACAACCAGUUCCCACAGAAUGUUCAUGUUCGAUUCUCUGAAGUUAAUACAAAUUCACUGCUUGCCUCCUUGCUUUUUUGCAACUACCACAGGUGCACACCAUUCUGUGACCUCUUCAACCUUUCUGGUAAUGCCCAGGCUCUCCAUUUUUUUCUAGCUCUCAUUUGACACAGAGCAACAUGAGCAGAGGUACUCUCCUUGGGGGCGUAAUCCGCCUCUUUCAUGGCGCUAUGGCGCAUGCGCCCUGCCCUAGCGGAUGAGUCGCAAAACGUUUUGGAAGGGUCGGGCGCGUGGCCCGCGCGCCGGGAAGUCCCCCGAAAAAAGAAAAAAAAGAAAAAGAAAAGGCGCUCGGACGCGCCUUGCUGCAAGCACUCAUGCCGUGUACCGCGUUGAAACCCUACUGGUAGCUUGAGGUUGGUGCGGUGCCGAAAACGUGCAUAGCGUAAGACCGCAACUCCACUUUAAAAGACAAAGCGGCCAGGGCAUCGUCCGAGUUGUCCGGACUGCACCGUGAGCCAGGUAGUUGCCGCCUUUCAUGAAUGGCUCGCUAAUUUAACGAAAAACCCGUGCGUUACACUUGGGCGACACUUAAGUACGUCACGUUGCUGACGAAGUCUGUUUGCAGCGUUGGUCCUCACUUGCUGGUGGUGGCAGCGCGUUCCUGACUGCACGUACUCGUAAGGCGCGGCAACACUGGGUCGAUACGAUACCGAAAAGACGCUCACUCCAAUGAUUGACCGACUAUUGUGCGUCACUGAAACCUUCUUAUCAUACCAGGUCGACAACGACGCAACCGACGAGUGCGAGUUGUACUGCGACAGGCUUUCUUGCCGAAGGCACCAGCAAACUCAGCGUGCUGACCAUCGUUCGACCGAACCCCGCGCGAUCGGCCAUCGAACGGACAGCACAAUAGCGACAGCGUCUUCGCCUGUAUUUAUAAUUAAUCGUGCUCAGAAUGAGUCAAGCACGCCUACCAAGUUGAAAUGCACAAGAUUUAACCCUCUCAAGACAUGCCCACGAAGUUUUAGCCAAUGUCGAUCCUGUUGAGCGAAGGUUAACCUGGAGCCGUCGAGUUCGUGCACUCGCUACCGGCGGACCUGAACUGAAAUGUAAGCAGUUAGGUCGAACAAAACUGCUUCUAUAGUUCAAUUCUGGCCUUAGUGAUUUGAAAUCAGCUACACUUCACUUCGCACGACGCGUACACAAUAAGCGGUAAGCCGGCGACACAGCGCUGUGCCAACAUCUGUACGUCACCGUACCGGUAGGCUGUCGGCCGCAUUCGCUAUCUAUAUGGGUGGGCUUGUAAGUGCUGCUUUGCCAACACAUUUCUUAAUUUCAGAGAUACACUGUUUGCCUCUGCGCCAAGCGGCAAACAAGAGACGAUGUAUUCGGUAUACAGCAGCAUAAACAACCGCCUCGCUCAUUUAUACCAACGCCGUGUGAGCGAUGGCAUCCGCGCGUUUUCGUGAGAGAACAACAUGGCCUACAAAUGAGCCCUUAUGCGAGCACAGUUUUCUCUAGUAAUGCUCUAGGGCACACUAAAACUGUAAGUAUGAUGGAGUUAAAGAAAAGAGAGAAUGAGUUAACAGCCCGUAAUAUAUGUAUCUGGAUCACAGUUGCCGUUGUUUAAGUGGUUCAGCCGCUCAUAUUGACUCGUCUCAGGAUGUAACAACAUGGCACAUAUGCGCAGAUAUGCAUGUUUUGCUACAUUUUGACACUAUUUCAUAUCAGUGAUGGGCCUUUUCCACAAUAUUUGACGAUAACAAAGACCUGCGGCUCUAGAUGUCAAUGUAAACGAGUGCACUGCUUUAAUAAAUCUGACGCAGAAGGCUGCGCUCGAAGACCUUUUGAAUAUGCGAAACGUCUCAAUAAUAUGUAAAAAGAAUACAAAAAGUGAUGUCCAAGUGCAGAAAUCAGUGACAAAUUCCAAGGCAGCCGUGCCACCAAAUGGAACUCAGCGUGCCUUUAUCGGCUGCACUGUUUGCAGAACAGCGCACUCAGGCCUGCUCACCCAGUAGUCAUUGAGUGCUACAUGGCUUCAGGAACGACAUGCUGUCCCGAAGAAGCCAUUAAUAAUGAUUCGGGAUCCAUGAAACGCACAACCGACGUGCACUCAACGUGGGCGCCGGUACACAAAUUAACCGGCGAAAGCCCCAGGACCCUUCCAAAACGUUUUCAGCGGCGUGCAGCAGAGAGCAGCAGAGGAAAAUGAAAGAGGCGGAUUGCACACAGGCUGGCAUCGGAGAGCAGUAAUGUAUUCUCUCGUGAGGAGGCCCAAGCCUGUUGUUAGAUUGUGGUGGGGACUCACGAUGGCGGUUUGGUCACUUACCUUACCUGUUGACUCGGUGACCUGUAGAUAUCGAGGGACUUGAUUACUGAUUACAGGACAACCAAAAGUGCAUUGCGCAGCUCAUUGAUCACGUAAACUUAAUCUUGGCAUGACUGCAAGGCUGUAUUAAACAGUCCAGCUGUUGCUAUGCUGGUUCGGCCUGGUCCAAGCAACUUUUUAUUUACACUGGAUCAGGUUGCCCAUAACUUGUUCAUCUAGAAUCUUGUUGGUAUAGCUGUCAUGUCUGCACUGUUAUUUAUAUUGAACUUCAUGGGUAAGCCAUUGAUGGCUGCACCAAUUUUGCAUGGCCCAGGGUCUUGCCAGUCUGCUAAUCCUACCAAAUAGACCUCUUCUAAUGCAGCUUGGUGUGUGCCCUUCUUGCCUUGCUUUUCUUUUGCACAGAUAAGCAUACGGUAGCAAAGUGUCCUUUUUUUGCUACAUGCGCCGCAUCUUUUGCCAUUGGCUGGACACUUAGCAUGUGAUGGCGGGCGCGUUGCUGAGGUACACUGUUUGCCCAAAGGCAGUGUCUGGUCAGGCUUGUCCUUUCAAGAAUACUGCUUUGGCUUCCCUUUGCUCUUUGAGAAGCCACACUUGGUGUCUGCAGCUGCAGGUGACCGUAGCUGAAGCUGUAGCUUCUUUUGUUGCUGUUUGGUUGUUUCCCUGUUGCAAGCACUGGUGAUGGCAGAUUCCAGGGUAAGCUCAGCCUUAAGUUGCAGCUUUUUGUUUAACUGCAUGUCUACGAGACCAACAAUGAGCCUGGUGCAGGUCGAUUUUUGUUUUAGCUCGUACUCGUAGGUAUUGGCUAGUCUAUGAACAUAGGUGACGAAUGCGUAGACUGUCUUGUGUGCUUCUUGCUUGCAGGUGUUGAGCUUCGCAUGGUUGUAGAUAACUUUUGUCCAUGGCACCAACGUUUCGCUAAAGCAGUUGCAUCACUGCAUUGUUGUUGAGUUUCUUGGUGUUGGAUAGCUUCAGCAAGGCUAUAACGUCUGGGUUCUGGGUUUCACAACACAUAGUAUAGAUGACUGCGUUUACUUGCAUCAUGCCAACUUGCUUCUUUUGUCUGUUGAUGACUCUAUAUAGCACUCCCAUCUCGUAAACCACUGUUUCUACACCUUGGAUGACAGAGAGAGAGAGACUCAACUUUUAUUGAGCCCUUAGUAAAGGGUAAUGCGAGCUGGCACCAGAUAGGGUGGAACCUUCUUCUCAGGUCCCAUAUGCGUCCAGCAGUUCCUGGCCCCUAACCACCAGCGCGAGCUGGGUUGGUAGGUCAGGGCUGGACAACAAGGUCUCCCAUCGCUCAGGAGGGUUGGGGGUAGGGAUGGUGGAGGGUUCUUGAGCUUAGUGCACUCUGCUAGGAUGUGUGCUAGAGUGCCUUCUGAUCAUCUGCAAAACGGGCAUGAAGUGUCAUGCUCUGUUGGGAACAUCUUGUGCAAGAGCACGGGAUGCGCUAGCGACCCCGCUUGCAUGCGUUGCACGAUUGUUUGCUGCCUUCGGCUGAGUCGCGGAUGCGGAUGGGGAAGUCUACAUCUGCCGCUUCUGUACAUUUGGGUGAUGUCUUUGUAAUUUGUCACGGGGUGCGGUAGCUCUGGCUUGUCCUCUGUCCGGAUUGACAGUUCUCGGGCAUAGUGGUCGGCAAGUGCGUUGCCUUCCACUUGCGAGUGUGCCGGGACCCACACGAGCUCAACGGCCCGUCAUGGUGAUUUGCAUUUGGCGAGGAUCGCUAGUGCUGCGUGAGAGAUGUUCCCCUUGCGGUAGCAUGCGUAGGCGGUCUUGGAGUCUGUGACCACGGUCCUCACUCCUGGUUUUGCGAGUGCGAGGGCCACGGCCACUUCUGCUUCGGCUGUAUUCGUCGUCCGUAUCGACGCGCCUGUGACCAGUUUACCGAUGGUGGUGACGACCGCCGUUGCUCUGGUGCCGUGCUUGGAUGACUGAAAUCGAGCUUCUUCCAGCAGCUUGAUGACGAAUGGGUUGAGUAAUUAUGAAUUAAUGUGAAGCAAUGGGGAGAGAACAAGGAAGCGUGCGACCAUGCUCGUUGGUGGUGUGUUCGUGACGUGCUAGCCCAUAAGCCCUGCACUUCUCUUUAUUGCACUGAACACAGCUCGCACUAGGGGGUGCUACCAAUUGGCUACAUAUACGGAACAGAGUGGGGCUGCGUCCUGAAGUGCAGACAUCAGAGGCAAAGCCAUCUUGGCAUAGCGAAGUUUCAUAUUGGUGACUGCUUGCGCUCAUGAAGCCACUGCAAUGCCUGCAUUUGCUGCCUUCUGCUUGCAUGAUGCGCUCCCUACCGCUACCUCCACAUCACAGUUGGGUAACGAACAAGACAUGAAGAUUUAACUGACCAGCCGGUUUAUUUGAUCCCAAAUAAUGAGUCGUCUAGCCUGCUCCAUCUCAGCUUGCAUGGGAGAGAGCUUUCCCCCACCAUGGCGUGUGAUCGGUUCUCCAGCCAUCAAGCUACACAGCUACAUGUAGCUGUGUUUGCGCGCAAUGGGACUGGGACAAUGACAACGAUGAGUGACAUUUUGUUUCAGUAUUCUUUUUUGUUUUCGUGCCACUUUGCCACAAAUUUAAGCCUUGAUGAGCCCAUAAUUCUUUCAUAACAAGUUGAUGUUUAGCACCUGCCCUGUGGUGUACUUUACAUUCUUUGUCCCGUCCAUUUAGCACUGGUAAUAUGGUGUGCUAUACUUUCAGGGAAGCUUACGCAAGUUGCUCAUACUGAGACCAAAUGUUAGGUGCGCUACAAGGCGAUAUAGAAUAUGUGAUGCCUUUGCCAGUGCCAUUUUUGCAGUACGGAAGCUGCUUCACACACUUUGAGGAAGCGACAGCUUAGUUUAAGGGGCCCUGGAACAUGUUAUGUUAAACCUGAUUAACACCCUGUAAUGAAUGUGAUGUCUUUCAGGGAAUGUGUUCUCGAAGAAAUUCUUGACACAGACUUCACAUUGAGAGGCAGAAUCGGUUUAUUACUGUCAGUAAUGAGGUAAGAAUUACAAGAGGUGCGUAUUCAGAAAGAGGUGCCACAGUAGGUGACAAAACAGGUGAAGUGUUUACUUUCCCCAUUCUCCUCAGCCAAUACAUUCUUUUCAGCCGGGGCACCAUUGAGAGCCUAUGCGCUCCAUGUAGCUAUUUCCUUUUUUUUUUUUCUUUAUAUGGUACACUAAUAGUAAUGUUUCAAGGUUGCUGUCCAACAAGGGUGCCCAGAAGUAGCAAAGGUAGCCAAGACAUGCUAACUGCUUGCUUUGUUGUUUCCGAGUUCUUGAAGGGUUUGUAUAUACGGUCCUAAACGACUGCCCAACUGCUGGCGUCUCUGGGUUGUAACGUCUGCAGUACUGCAGUCACUGACGGUGGACAAGGCAAAAAGGAGUGUGAGCCUUGAAAUUUGCAGGUGAGAGCAAGUGAUCCAUUAUGUGUGAGAUCGUAGAUUCUUCGUUGCAUGCAGCAGAAUAGUAUUUAGCUUGCAUGUUCACAGGAGCAUUGUCCACAUAUAAGAAUCGUCUUGAUACCGUGUCCAAAAAAGUGUUUCAGUGCCCCUUUAUUAGUAGUUGUAUGUUGUAGUAGCCUCAGUGUUUACUGCCUUGGCUGUCUUCUUGAAGACAGGCAGUGUUUUUUUUUUUUGUAAAUAAGUGAAUAAGUUACUUAAAUCCAAUAAACAGAGGAAGUUUGCACGAUGA